AUGUCACAGAGACCCGCAUGUCUCAGAGACACUGCAUGUCUCAGAUAUGUCUCAGAGACCCGCAUGUCUCAGACACCCACAUGUCUCAGACACCCACAUGUCUCAGACACCCGCAUGUCUCAGACACCCGCAUGUCUCAGACACCCGCAUGUCUCAGACACCCCGCAUGUCUCAGACACCCCGCAUGUCUCAGACACCCCGCAUGUCUCAGACACCCCGCAUGUCUCAGACACCCCGCAUGUCUCAGACACCCCGCAUGUCUCAGACACCCCGCAUGUCUCAGACACCCCGCAUGUCUCAGACACCCCGCAUGUCUCAGACACCCCGCAUGUCUCAGACACCCCGCAUGUCUCAGAGACACCGCAUGUCUCAGAGACACCGCAUGUCUCAGAGACACCGCAUGUCUCAGAGACACCGCAUGUCUUAGAGACACCGCAUGUCUCAGAGACACCGCAUGUCUCAGAGACACCGCAUGUCUCAGACACCCGCAUGUCUCAGACACCCCGCAUGUCUCAGACACCCCGCAUGUCUCAGACACCCCGCAUGUCUCAGACACCCCGCAUGUCUCAGACACCCCGCAUGUCUCAGACACCCCGCAUGUCUCAGACACCCCGCAUGUCUCAGACACCCCGCAUGUCUCAGACACCCCCGCAUGUCUCAGACACCCCGCAUGUCUCAGACACACCCGCGCAUGUCUCAGACACCCCGCAUGUCUCAGACACCCCGCAUGUUUCAGACACCCCGCAUGUUUCAGACACCCCGCAUGUUUCAGACACCCCGCAUGUUUCAGACACCCCGCAUGUUUCAGACACCCCGCAUGUCUCAGAGACCCGCAUGUCUCCCUUCCAGCAAAAAAUAAUUAAUAGCAUCUUCCUGCCUGUAUUGUGCAUCAAUCCCGGAUAUGGACAGUUAAUAGGCCACUGGAACAGAAAAUAUUACAUGUGA